GAAGGCCCCAAGUUAAUGAGGCGAGCGCCGGCCGCCGAGCGCCUCUCGGAGCUGGGUUUUUCCCCGCGGCGCGGGCGCCAGGAGCCGCCUUUUCCGCUGGGUGUCACUCGGGGGUGGGGAGGGUGGCCCAUUGAAAAGCGCCGCGAGGGGGCCCGGCCAGUGCCCUUCAGUGAGCGCUCGCGGGAGGACGGCGGAGAGCAGCCUGCUCGCGGCUCCGGGAUCUUGUGGCGCUUCAGGACGCGGCUGUCCCUCUGCCGGGACCCCGAGCCGCCGCCGCCGCCGCCACUCUGUCUCCUGCGAGUCAGCCUCCUCUGCGCGCUCCGGGCGGGCGGCCGCGGAAGCCGCUGGGGCGAGGACGGCGCGCGGCUGCUACUGCUGCCCCCAGCCCCAGCGUCUGAAAACCUCAAGGCCGAGCGGAGCAGCUGCACCCCUUAUGCCGGAAGGAUGCUGGAGAGCAGCGGCUGCAAGGCGCUGAAGGAAGGAGUGCUGGAAAAGCGUAGCGACGGGCUGCUGCAGCUCUGGAAGAAAAAGUGCUGCAUCCUCACCGAGGAAGGGCUACUGCUCAUACCGCCCAAGCAGCUGCAACAGCAGCAGCAGCAGCCCGGGCAGGGGACAGCCGAACAGUCCCAACCUAGUGGCCCCGCCGUCGCCAGCCUUGAGCCACCGGUCAAGCUCAAGGAAUUGCACUUUUCCAAUAUGAAGACUGUAGACUGCGUGGAGCGCAAGGGCAAGUAUAUGUACUUCACUGUGGUGAUGGCAGAGGGCAAAGAGAUCGACUUUCGAUGCCCCCAGGACCAGGGCUGGAACGCGGAGAUCACGUUGCAGAUGGUGCAGUACAAAAAUCGUCAGGCCAUACUGGCGGUCAAGUCUACGAGGCAGAAGCAGCAGCACCUGGUCCAGCAGCAGCCUCCGCAAACGCAGCAGAUCCAGCCCCAGCCCCAGCCCCAGCCGCAGAUCCCGCCUCAACCUCAGCCCCAGCCGCAGAUCCAGCCCCAGCCCCAGCCCCAACAGCUCCACUCCUACCCUCAUCCCCACCCUCACCCGCACCCGCACCCACACCAGCACCCGCACCCGCACCCUCAUCCACACCAACUCCAGCACGCGCACCAGCCUCCUCACUCGCAGCCGCACGGCCACCGGCUUCUCCGCAGCACCUCCAACUCUGCCUGAAGAGGGCGGCACCCGGGCCGCUCAAGGUUUUGAGGACUUCGGGAAGUGGCACGCGUGCGUUGCUGUUGUGUUCACCUGGGAUCAAAAUCAAGUCUCCCCACCCCGUGCCAGAUCAAGUAGCUCGGACAUCACCCGACUGACAACUUGCUCGCAGUUCCUCUUAGUUUUCUGCAUAAUCUUCACCACAGUGCAGGAAGCAAUUUUGAGUCAAGAUGACUUUAUUUAUGAACCUUCGGAAGGAUCUUCUAACGCAGUGGACCUUGUAGGAGAAAUUUAUGUACUGUAAUUUUAUUUUUAAUGUAUUUUGGUUUAUGAUUAUUUAUUAGUUUUUUUUUAUGCCUGUACUAAGACAUUUCUGAAUGUAGGCCACCCCCCCUCCCCCAAUGAAACUUUAUUUUCAGAAACCUAUUUCCUAGUAAGCCCUAAUCUUGGAGAAGAAAAAGGAACAGGUUGGUGGAGGGGGCAAACAUAAAAACUGAUUCAUCCGUAGGGCACUCUCAGAAAGUCGACUCUUUCAUUGUAUUUGAAGAGGUUGAAAUUAAAUUCUGAUAUUACUUUCA